CUACUUCCGGUUAGCAACCAAACCACCACCCUGGUUUCCAUGGGGUUGAUGUCAACAACCGCUGCCUCCUUAUCCGAUAACAAGCUGAAGAACUCAAAGACAGCCCCACAUACCUUACAUCUUAUCUAUGAAAAGUGUUUUUAAGUGUCGUUAGUUAACCGCAGUGAACUGUUUAUACCGCUCUCCCUGCAGGUUGGAUCACUUUAAUGAGGACGACGCUGAGCUAACACAAGCUAGCAAAGCGUUAGGUGGCUAAUCAGGACGAGAGGACUAAUUCAUCUGCAGCGAGCGAGUUUGACUUUAUUCAACAUGAGUGAACAACUCAAAUUCAUCGUUGAUCAGCUGAACAAAGACCCAUUUAAGAAAAACUUCAACCUCAUCACGUUUGACUCUCUUGAACCGAUGCAGCUGCUGCAGAUUCUAAAUGAUGUCCUGGCUGAAAUAGACCCAAAGCAAGCCAUAGACAUCCGUGAGGAAAUGCCUGAACAAACCAUAAAGAGGAUGUGUUCUCUGCUGGGGAUGCUCAAAUACAAACCUCCUGGAAACCUCUCUGAUGUGAGCAUUUUCAGACAAGGUUUGGUGUCUGGUAGUAAGCCCGUGGUUCAUCCCAUCCUCCACUGGCUGCUGCAGAGGCUCCCUGAGCUGAAGAAGAGAGCUUAUUUAGCACGCUUCUUAGUCAAACUAGACGUGCCUGCAGAGUUUCUGCAGGAUGAUGUUAUUAAUGACACAAAUCACCAGUAUGAAGAGCUGGUGGAGGGCUUUAAGACGUAUCACAAGGAGUGUGAGCAGCUGAGGACUUCAGGCUUCUCCACUGCAGAGAUCAGAAGGGACAUUGGUGCAAUGGAGGAGGAGAAAGACCAACUGAUCAAACGUGUGGAGAGACUGAAGAAGAGGGUGGAGUCGGUGUCCAACCAUCAACGGAUGCUGGAGCAGGCCAGGCAGCUGCGUGUGGAGAAGGAGAGAGAAGAGUCACUAACUCACCAGAAGCAAGAACAGAAGAACCAACUGUUCCAGGCAGAGCAGAGACUGCAGAGAUCCCAGCAGCAGUUGAAGGAUUUGCGUCAGGCUGCAGCAGAUGCCAGCCCAGAGAGCUUAACGAAGAGGCUGGAAGAGGAGAUCAAAAUCAAUUCAUACAUGGUCUCUGAGAAACUCCCCAAAGAGCUGGAGGGUAUGAGGCGAACAGUCCAGUACCUGCAGAAAGUAGCCUCAGAGCCUGCCAUGGGCCAGGCCGACCUCCAGGAGCUGGAGGACAGGAUUAGAGGAGUUGACUCUCAGAUAAACCAGCUGAUUGAAAAGAGGAUGAUGAGAAAUGACCCCAUGGAUGACAAACUGGCCCUUCACAGGCAGCAGGCCUCCAUCAUCAUUCGAAGGAAGGAGUCAAAGGCUGAGGAGCUUCAAGAAGCUCGGGAGGAACUGGCUGCAACAGAGAGGGAGCUGAGGCAGAGGAACAGCCAGGCACACGCAUCAGAUGGAGAAGAGGUCAUCCGGGGUGAUGAGGUAAAACGUUUGGUGGUGAAACUGCGCAGCAAAGGAACGGUAUACAAGAAGAAACGUCAGGAACUUGCUGAGCUGAAAGCAGAAUACGGGGUCCUGCAGCGUACAGAGGAGAUUCUCAAGCAGAGACAUGAGACUGUUCAACAGAAGCUGCAAAUUUUAGAAGCUGAGAAAGGCAUAUCUGGCUACAGUACCACUCAAGAGGAGCUGGAGCGGGUGUCAGCCAUCAAGAGUGAACUGGAUGAGAAAAAGGGACGCACGCUGGAUGACAUGUCUGAAAUGGUGAAGAAGUUAAACUCUAUGAUAGCUGAUAAGAAGACGGCUCUGGCACCAGUGAUAAAAGAACUGAGGUCGCUCAGACAACAGUGUCAGGUGCUGAGCCAGGAGUAUGAGGAGAAGAAGGUGCAAUAUGAGAGCUGUACUGCUGGUUUGGAGAGCAACAGAUCCAAACUGGAGCAGGAAGUGAAAGUGUUGAGGGAAGAGACAGCACAGGAUGAAAACAGAUAUCAUUAUCUCAACGCUAUGUCAGAGAUCAUUGAGAUGCAAAUACAGCGGGCAGCGGAGGAGAUGAAGGCUUAUGUGUCCUCUGAUCCGCAAGAGAAGAAGAAGGCUAUCAGGGAUGUCUACAUGAAGAACAUUUCAGAACAGGAACUACUCGGCAAGAAGUUACGCGAGAAACAGAAGGUGGUGAGAGAAAGCCAUGCAGCCAACAUGGAGCAGAUGAAGUUGUGGCUUGACUUGGAGCAGCUGAUGGAGUGCAAGAGGCAGUGCUUCAUAAGAGCGCAGAGCCAGGCAUCUAUUGGUCAGGUCAUCCAGGAGGGGGGAGAGGAUAGGCUGGUGCUGUGAGGACACAUCUAGGAAGAGUCAAGUGCAGGUCACCUACCUUACAUUCACUACACAGAGUUUACUUCCUGUCACAUGUCUGCAUCUUUCUACGUAUCAGUGGUACUUGUAAUCUGUUAAUAGACAUUAUAACACUUUUAAAGAAGAGGUGUAAAGUCUG